CCGAAACGUUAGACAAAUUAAAGUAUUUUACCUUUUUGUUAAUCUGGAAGAACAAAUAAAACAUAAUGUUUCAACCUGGAUUCAAACCCUUCAAUGAAUUACUAUAUCUGUAACUGACGUAUAUUAUUCUAUCAGUCCUUAUUAUACAACAUGCCGUGCAUUACCUAGAGAAACUCUUCUGGCAUUGCAUGAUCAAGCCACUAUUCAAUCAACAUCCCAAUCUUACUCAAGUACAUGGGACUAACACAAAUCAAACGUUUAUUUUUAUUAUUAUUAUUCAUCUAGAAUACUAGAUUAUAUUUACAAAAUGUUUUAUUUUGUCUAACGUUUCGAUUUCCUCUACGGAAAUCACUAUCAAAGACUUGACGGUUUAUUACCCAGGGUUCGUAGCGGUCUUUGAAAUCCUUGAAAGUCUUUAAAUUUGAAUGCAGGUCUUUAAGGUCUUUGAAAAGUCUUUGAAUUGUGUGAAAAAGCGAAGAAAGUCUUUAAAAGUCUUUAAAUUCUUUGGUGAGUGUUUGAUUAUACGAUUUCCUAGCUAAUAAAAUAGAUUGAUUGAAGCAAGAUUUUCGCAAAUAUGGACGAAAAGGCGCAUUUUAGGUUGUGAUUUAACAGGACUAAUUAUUGGGUAAAAAUGUUGCUUACACUUGGAAUUUUUCAACAGCUGAUUGCUCUCAAUGGUCUCUGAAAAGUCUUUGAAAAUAGGCAGCAAAAAUAUUUGAAAGUCUUAUAAAUAAUAAUAAAUUAAUAAACCUGGAUUCAAACCCUUCAACAAAUAAAACGUUUAACUACAAAGUUUGUUUCUGGUUGUAGAAUGAGCGCGAGGCUCGCGAGUCAAUGAAACGUGAACAAGAUGAAGCAUACCAAGAAUCUCUUAGAGCCGACAGAGCUAAGGUCAGACAUUCUAUCUUGGUUACACGUGAUUAAGCUGCAGGGCUUUUGAGACCACAGAAAACAUCUUUCGUUUAGAAAAUAUUCUUUCCUGCAAUGUAAUGAUAUAUGUAGCGAUCAUAGAUAUAGUUUACAGUGACAACAAUCAUUGUUGACUGGUGAUUCAGUGUAUGAAAAACAUGCGUGGUCAGUAUUCUUUGUUUUGGUCUUAACGUCCUGUAAAGGAUCGAGAAAACGUCGUGAGAAAUGUUGUAUUAAAUGAGUAAACGUCGUAAUAAACGAAGGGCUAGCCUGCGUAGCAGUCGUUUUCCACCCGUUUUCUCCCGUCCCCCGGUUCUUCCACCUUUAUUUUCCCACCCGCAAGUCCUCCAUCCAGAAACCCGGCUGCUAUAAUGCAGGCUAACGAAGUGCCUUCGUUCAAAACCAAACGUCCAAGUUUUCUUAUUUACAAUCAAAACAGUUAUAUAGAAUAAUGUACAUACGUUAACCCCCAUGUUUGAGUACAAAUAAAAACAAUACUGUAAUUCCUUUGGAAUAGUAGAAUGUAUUAGUUUAUAAUAUUUAGGAAGAAGAACGAGAAAGACAGGAAAGUGAAGCCUUGAGGAUGAAAAAAGAAACGGAAGAAAAAGCUUUUCUCGAAGCCCAAACAAAACAGGUAUAAACUUUACCCGCAAUAAAUAAGAGAAAGCAAGCCUCUGUCCAAUUUGAAUGGAGUACUGAUGUCUUGUAGUAACAUGAAGGCAUGUAAAUAUGUAAAUAUAUGACUGGGCAGUUCAUUUUCGUCAAGAAAAUGAACUUCAAGAAAAUGAAAAAGAAAAUGAACUGGGAAGAAAAUGAAAAUGAACUGGGAAGAAAAUGAACUGAAAAUGAAGAAAGGGAAGUUCAUAUUAUUAGCUACUAGAACUAUUUUUUUACUGUGAUAGUAUUAUUCGCUAUAUGUAUUGUUAUAUCUUUAAUGGGAUAAUUAAAGGCAAGAUCUCAUAUGGUCUCAUAUUUCAUGUUAUUUCAGGCUCAGAUCAAUUCAUUAGAAGAUCAACUACCAGAGGAACCAGGUCCAGAUUGUUUAGAACCAAUCUCUAUACUACGAUUUCGCAUGCCAGAUAGUGAACAAAUCACAAGACGAUUUCUCGCCAGCAAUCCGCUGAAGGUGAGGUUUUGAAGUCCUUACGUUAGUAGAGCUUGUAUUGCAUGAAGUGAAACAUUCAAACAUCUCAAAGCUUGGAAGUUAUGCUAAAUCGAUUUUGAAUGGGAUUAUGCCUGCAGAAAUAACAUUUGGUUUGCGUUUUAUUUACUUUACGUUCGGAACGCGACCGAAAUACGUCUCAGAAAUAACACUUGGUUCGCGUUUUAUUUACUUUACGGAACGCGACCGAAAUGCGUUUCAGACGCGUUGUACAAUGCGUUGCAAACGCAGUCCAUGCAGAGAAAACUUGGGAACGCGUUCCCAGUUCUUAAAUUGCCUUCUCGCAUCAGAAAAUUCUGAAGCAUCGGAAUCUGCAUGAAUGGGAUUUCAAAAUAUUCUUUUUUCAAAACAAACAUGGCCGCAUUUAGCGGUGCCGAAACGCUUUGUCAAGUUCAAAUUUGAUUGACUCGAAUACUUUUAUGUUAAUUAUUAAUAAUUAAUAGCAUGGUUUCUUGUGAAAUAUAUCGAAAUUGCACUCGAAACCAUGCUAUUACCUAUACUUAAAACGUUAACUUUAUUUAAACGUUAUUUAAACGAUAACUUUAUUAACUUUAAUCCUGCCCGGGUAUUGACCAAUCAAAUUGCGUGUUUCACUGUGGUUAUUUUAUAAUUACAUUUACUUACUGACAAGACCCCAUAGGCACUGAAUACAACCUGCAUUGGACCUUUCCCCUUCAUAGACGGAUUUUCAUAUUUUUAACUGGGGUGGUGCCAGACAUUUUAGGGGGGUGAACCGUGAGCAGGUGACUGAGGCAAUAGAAAGUGUGACACCAAACCCCAGUAAGGUCUAUAUUCUAGGGGUGGAGCACUAGAGCCGCAAGGGGGAGUCUAAAGAGCAGAAAACAAAGUAUCCCGGGAAAAAUUUGAAAAAAAUCAUGAUUUCUACCUUCGAAAAAAAGUUUUUUGAAGUUGUCAAUUUGUCAUAUCAAUGGAUUUGGCAUGUCCGAUUGUCUGUUGAGACUUGAGAGAGUUAAAGACUUAAAGUUAAAUUAAUGAACCUGUAAAAGUGUAAACCCAAUAGGCCAAUAGAAAAUAUGCUUUUACUUUUAUAAAGUCAUUGACAUUGUGUUGCUUGAAUUCGAGUACAAUUUAUGAUGCAACUCCGAUGUAAAUAAUAUUUGGGGCGUGAAGAUUAAAUCUAGGCAAGUCUAUUUCCUAAAAGAAUUAAAAACUAAAAAUAAUGUUCGUAAAAAUUCCAAACGUUCCUUGAGUGUAAGCUAUUCGCAUGACAAGGCACUGUAUAAACUCUAUUCAGGGGAGAUAAUGGAGUUUAAAAACUUUACAAUUGCUCCAAUAAACCAGUGAAUGCAAGCGAGGAGCAAUUAGUUUCAGAAUGUUGCACUUUUUCUGUUUGAGUGUACUCCUACGCGUUUAUUUUGUAUCAUCAACACUCUGCACGUUGGAGUGGACUAUUUAAUUAUUGAUUUAUUAUGCCAAAUAUUGGGGGGGGGUUUGACAAUUUUUUUGGAGGGGUGGACAUUUUGUUUGGGGGGGUGGGGGUUAUAGCUAAUAUUGGGGUAGCACCCCCGCACCCCCAGAAAAUCCGUCUAUGUUCCCCUUAUAACUAAAAUUUUGAUCUACAGGGUGUAUCAAAAAAAGCGCAAUCCUCGACUGAAAUGUAAAUUGCUAAACAAGUAAUAGACGAAAACGUUAAAGUUUACAUUCACUUUAAAGCGUAGCCAUUCAGCUUUCUAACAGUGGGUUGUUUCUUAAAUUUGACUCAUUGGUUCGCGGGUAAUAAUACUUUACGUUAUUGCGAUUGGAGAUUAAAAAAAUUGAGAUGGAAUAACAAAUCGUUCUCAUGAAAAUAACUGUUUUUUCAUUAAAACAAAAAAAUGUUGCACUUUAUUAAAUGGAUUGUAACAAUAAGUAUAAUUACGGCUUUUCUUCCACUAUUUUUAACUCAGUUUGAAACUUCAAAUGCGAUAUAAUUUUGGCUUGGACCAUCUAAGCUGACUGACAUCAACUUGCUAUAAUUUCUGUUUACAUUACAUCGCAAUUCGAUGACACUCUGGCUCAGACACCAGAAUGUUUUGACGAUUUUAGCAUUCGUUUAGAUUUUCAAACAACCUGGUCUCUUUUAAAAUACUUUUAAUUUGUUCUUACGUGGUUUUCCAGAUGUAGUGACGACAACAUUAAAGUUUAAAGAAGAAAAUUCUAACAUUUAAACCGACUAAACAAUAACAUAUAGUAAACUUGCAUAAUUAAACAGCAACUAAAAAUGAUAGGUUUUACUAAAAUCUUUUCCUGUGCAAUUAUUACUAGCAUUGGAGACAAGGAUAAUAGUUUGUUUGAAAGAGAAAAGAACAUGCUUUGAAGUAAGCCUAAAAGCGUUUAACUAGAAAUAGUAUUUCGAAAGUUGUUAAGCACAAAAGAUGAAUUGCGUUUAUUUUGAUACACCCUGUAGACAAGUCUAGACAAAAAUUUCAUCACAGCUUGAAAGAAUAUCACAAAAUUAGUAAUAUUCCGAAGUUUCGUUGCGAAAUGUUGUAAAAUACGGAUAAUAUAGCCCUGCGAAAUUUGCAAUUUUCAGUCAUUUUGUAUUACAAACGGGAAAUUGUUGCCCCAACACCCGAUUGUGCUGUCAAUUUCCCAUGCGUAAUACAAAGUGACUGAAAAACGGCAAAUUUCGCAAGGCUAUAUUAUCCGCAUUUUACAACAUUUCGCAACGAAACUUUGGAAUAUUACUAAUUUUGUGAUGCUCUUUCAAGCUGUGAUGAAAUUUUUGUCUAAAUCAAAAUUUUAGUUAUAAGGGGAAAGGUCCAUACACGGAAUCAUUACAUAAUGGUACUAGAUUAUUCAGUGCAUUAAAUAUGUGCUCAUUUCUUUAUUGCAGGUUGUUCUCAUAUUUGUUCAAUCAAAAGGUUAUUUAGAAGACCAAUACGCAGUCGUUACAAAUUUUCCCAGAAAACAGGUAAUUGUUCAUUUCUCAAGAUUUCUCUAAUUCCUUAUGUGAGGAAGUAUCGUGGUGAUUUGUUGUUACGUGUUUGUUGUCAAUGGCUGUGCUCAUGAAGAGUGCUGAAUUACUGUACAAUACAUUACAAACUUUGAUAUGUACAAAAUGGCCUAUAUUGCUCCUUCCUUAGAAACAAAAUCUGGGCAGUCACGUGUCUAUAAAUAACCAUGUUAUAUUUUCAUACGGAAACUACCUUGGGUACGAAGUUGUUUGCAAUAUAUUUUUAAUAUACUUGCAUAAAAUGUCCUUCAGACAAGCUUCUUUCGAGUUAAUGACAAGAAUUUCUCAGCCCAAAUUAAGAAAUGAUUUUCUCCUUUUUAAGUUAUACAGCUGAUUCAAUUAAGGUUAUCAUUCCAAAACCUUAAACUCUGAGCGCGCAAGGGAUGAUGGGUUUUCACCUAUUAGGCCCUUAAACUCAGAAAAUUGCCUUUGCAGCAAGUAUGUUUUCUGUCGUGAGUCUUCUAAAUGUCUUAAGCAUUCUUGCAAAGCCAAAUUUCAAUAACCCAUCAUCCCUUGCGCGCUCAGAGUUUAAGGUUUAAGUUUUUGGAAGGACAACCUUAAGGUUACAGGACACCUUACAGGACACUUUUGUGGAAAAUCGCUACUGCGCGCUCAAAAUCAGUCCGAUUUUCAUCAAAUUUUCACCAAAUAUUAGCCAGUGCAUGCAAAAUAUGAUAAAGUUGUAAAAUUGUGUUCGGAAAUUUUUGUUUAUUUCGUCAUUCCGCUGAUAUGGCGAUUUCUUUGACGACUGCAAUAUAUUUCUGAAUCGUUUGUGUGAAUUGCUCCUUAUUAUUAAAAUAUCCAAAAUUAAAACAAAGCCGUUCGGCAAUUUUGAAACUGACGUCUUUAUAGCUAUGUCCUGUGAAAAUGUGAGAAAAAUUCGUUAAAACCCGCAGGGGCACAACUCGUUUAAAAAUCAGUAAUUGCCGUAAAAUUCUUCGCGCGAAAAUUGAAUUUGAAUAUUACAUUUUCAUUGUUUUUCUUAUUGCAAGCGAAAUGUAUUUUGUUAAAUAACUCUGCGAGUUUUCAACAUUUUUCGUCCAAACUUGGUCAUUAAUGCCUCAAUUCGGUUAGUUAAUAUUUAAGAGAGCUAUAUAUGAGACAGUAAAGCGCACGCAAUGUUGUGGGAGAAGGGUUGUUGGGGAGAAAUGCUCCGAAUAUAUACUUUCAACUGGUCAAAGUGUCACCCCACAGACUCACAGUUACUCUAAUUAAUGCCCUCGGGGGUCUGGGUCCCCAUAUAUAUAUUUUUUUUACUAAGCUAUGAUAAAGUGGUGCAACAUCAUUGACGCGUGGGGUGGGUGGAAUUUAAGCAAUUUUUUCGCUGUGAAGUGUCCUUCACUUUGGCUCACCGGCGACACAAUGAAGCCUGUAGCCCAGGCAGGAAGCAUAAGCAAAUAAAACAGUAGGACCUGAUUGGUCUAUUUUCCCGCAUGCAUGGGAAGAAGUGUUUGACAGUGGUUCAUUGUUAUUUACCGAGUGCUUUGCACGUGAGUGAUCACGCGUUUUAAGACUGACCUUUGUGCCUAACCUGGUCUAAUCAAAGGACUUUGCACAACUUUGGUUAUAUCCGAACGCUUGUUUCAUUAACUUAAGUUUAUAAUGCCUAUGGGCAUGUAUAAACUUGCUGAUAGUAGAACUAGUCUAAUGCUCUCAUGGAAACCAAUAAAAAAAUUUUAGGCAAAAUUAACACUCAAAGGUGUUCUUUAACCUUAAUCGAAUUAGCUGUAUAUACUGACUGAAAAUAUACUUAACCAGACUGAAAAAACUUUGGGAAUAUUUUGGUUUCCUAACAAUGCUUAGUACCGUGAUAAUUAUUUUCCAGUUAUCCAGUAUGGAUCCAAGACAGAGCUUACAAUCACUUGGACUGUAUCCGCAAGAAACACUUUUUGUAGAAGAAAUAUGAGAUGACUGAUGCUGUUCAGACCUUCUGGAAUACAGUACAUGUAUGUAUCUCUAUACUUACUGUUCGCCAUGUACAAAUCAGAUAUUUUGAUAUCCAAUGUAUGGAGUUGAAAAAACAAAAAAACAUACUGUUCUGUUACGAAUGGUCAAUGAAUUAUAAUUAAAUUCAAGACAGAGACAAUUGAAAUAUUCUCUCAAAACCUCAGCGGAGAGCACCCUGAGUGCCAGGGGUUUUUCCACGCCCGCAAUUUAUAAGGCUUUAAUACUAUGUGUUAUUCUUGCGAGCCUGGAGCAACAUGUGGCAGCCAGGGUGAACGGAGAGAUGUUGGAAUUUAAAAGCGCAUGAAUGGAAAGUUUAUAUAACUGUGGUGUUGAUUUAGCUAGCAGAAGCUCACUCAGGCAUAUAGUAUUAUGUAGUUCAGCGAAACACAGUAAAAUCCACGUUCCCAUUUGCUAAGCUAUUAACUGAAACCUAAGGGGCAGACCGUUAGAAAAGUGACGGGGUGAAGGUUGGGACUUUUUCAACUUGUACGAAUAUUUUUUUUAUAUAAUCUAUAUAAUAUAAUCCUUUGCACGAAUUUUUUUUUAUUUCAACUUAUAAUUUUCCCUAUUGAAGUCUUUGCACGAAUUUUUUUUCAAACGUUUUUGGUGCACGAAUUUUUUUCUUUGUUUCCCCUGCGCGAUUUUUAUUUUUGCUCCCCCCCCCCUCCCCCAUCACUUUUCUAAUGGUCCGCCCCUAAGAUACGUACCGUACAGUAGGUGUUCAGGGUUCCCAAUAGAAUUUGGAGUUGGAGGCUUUUGGAAAGACGCAGGCGGUUAUGUGGUGCCAUCCAAAAGUGUCCCUCUGUGAAUAUUCUGAGAUUUAAACCCCCUUGAAAUGUAUUUCCAGCCAUUAAAGUUUUUACUGAUUUUGUCAUUCUAUCCAAAUAUUUAACAAAGACUGUUGUGUUAAAUUUAUGUUAGAAAAGCAAGAAACUUUCCCUUGACAUUUCUGCGGUAAGCUGGGAAUAACCGGCGAUUGUCUAGGCUAAACGUCGAUUGGGAACCCUGGUGUUACGUCUAGCUAUUGAAGGCACACCUUCGACAAAAAAACACUGCAUUACGUUUAACCUGCGCUGCGAGACGUUUAUUAGAGAGUGGACAUUUAUUAAAUCAUUACCGGUCCUGUAUUGAAAGUAAAGCCUAAAACAAUACAAUAGGAGUGUAGGUAAUCAUGUGAUGUUGCUGGUACGACGAAUAAUUAACAGUGCGAGUGAUGUUUGAACAUUUUGCCAAAAUUGCCCAAGCAAGUGCAAUUUGCGGCAACAAUUUUCAAACACCACGGGUUGUAUAUAAAUAUUAAAUGUGUUAACUGUUACGAGCAUCGAAGCAACAGCCAUGAAAGUUGACUUUUGUUGCUUGAACUGCCGUAAGGAUUUGCGCUUGCCUGUUAUAAUAGACGCCCAAAACUCUCCUCUUUAAAAAAACGUCCCGGGCGUUUAUUAGAUUAUUUACGGUAAUGUAUAGCUCGGGUCGCAGCGCAGCCUAAACGUUUUUCUCCCCCAUGCCUUUGAAAACGAACUUUACUGACUUUUCUUUUACUUGAAAGUAUUAAUUCUGCAUAUAAAUACUUGGAAAUGAAAGAGUACAGAAAUUUCAUAAAUCUCCUGAAAUUGUGAAGAGUAUUUUUGCUCACAUUUGCCCCACUCGUACAAUUAAAUAAUUGUACUCCUCUCAACCAUGUAAUGUCAUGCAAUGUAUUUAUUUUAAAAUGGAAACUGAAAAGACAUUGAGAAAUAUAUAGAAAGAAAAAUAUAAAUUUAGAUAUAAUGUAUUUUACCGUAGUAAUGAUAAUGUCCAUAUUAUGUUAUUUCGUAUUAUUUAAUAAAGCAAUUUAAUGAACUGUUUGAACAAGCAAUAAUUUAAAACUUACUAUAUGUACAACUGUACAGUAAAAGAAAAGAAAAUUAUGUCAGCAUUAUAUAACCCAAAGGUUUAACAGUCGUAUUUUUAUCAAAAUGAUACAAAUACAGAUUUAUAUUUUCUGUGUUGGUGUAAUGUUCUCAGGUGAAUAAGAUGCUUGUGAUGUUACUCUGAAUGUGUAUCCACACCGGGCAAGCUUGAAAAAGCUUUCAAAGGUCGUGGGUUCGUUUUCCACUGGGGCCGGGCAUAUUUUUCAAGCCUGUCCAGUAUGGGUAUAAUACACUCAGAGUAACAUCACAAGCAUCUUAAAAUACAGAUUUACUGAUAACUAUACAGCGUGUCCUCCCAAAAAGUACCCUCUAUAGAAAUUAUCCUAUUGUUAUAAUUUGAAUGCCUGAGCACUAUACUGAACACAAGAGUGCGUAAACACAAUUGAAUUGAAUUUUUAAUUACCAGGCGCAUAAAAUCCUGUGCUUAACAACAAUAGGAUGAUUUCUAUCGAAGUGCUUAACAACAAUAGGAUGAUUUCUAUAUUCCUGUAGAAGCUUAAGCAACCGGGGCCAGUUGUUCAAAAGCCGAUCAGCUUUACCCUAGUUCAUAAUUCUUGCGUGGAUCCGUGAGAGUUCUCUUCUCUGAAGUUUUGAAAUAAACAGAUGUGUAGAAAUACAGAAACUAAAACAGCAGGUUAAAUUUUAACCCAGGGUUAGCACUAAUACAGCUUUGAACAACCGGCCCCCGGUCUUUAAGAAGAGGAUUGAAACAAACUCUCUACUAUAUAUGCUGGCAUGGUGGCCCAAGUCGUGGUACUUGUUAUUCACUUUCUGUACUAAAUUUCAUUGUUUUGUUUUAAGCGUGGUUUAAUUCAAUUUAAGUACUAGUUAAAACAUGAGCAGCCGAUCUUUAUCUGAUAUUAUUACAUGUACAACUGUAAACUUAAAAAACAACCCAUCUUAUGAGUUCAUUGGCGAAGUAAUUUUAAAAAUAAACAUUGUCUAAGCCGAGAAAAUCAAAGCUGAAUUUUAUGUAAAUCAGGACAAAUCCUUAUCCAAUUUACAGACAUUGAUUAAACGUUCAUUUCUUUUGAAUUUUCUUCAUGAAUUAUUGAUAUUUUAAAUUAAACCACUCUUAAAACUCGCUGUCGCGCUCCAUGCUUAAGCUUUCCAUAACUAGUGGUAGUAACUAUAGUUAACAACAACAACAACGAUAUUGCAUUUCUUUGGAAGAACUACAACAGUAGGAAACGUAAGUCUACAGCCAUAGGCACACUACGUGACACACUAAGAACUAAUUAAUUAACGCAACAUUAAAAGCGUAUACGUAUUUCUGGUGUACUGUCCAUUUAUUGGAAUGUCAUUAUCCACUGAUCGAGUUUAGCGUAUGUGUGCAUGUUUGUAUGUGAAAUCGUAGAAAGUUUAAGAUGCAAUAAUUAACGAAUGACAUAUAUACAGUAUCUUGAUGUUUGUAUUUUCACCAAAAACCACCUGUCCAUAUGUAUUUCAGCAAAAUAGCUGUGAUCAAAAGGUAUCUUCCCAUAUUUAGCCACAUUAUGCAGUAAUAUGAUCAAACGAGGACAAAUACUGUAAAGCUGCUUCGUAACAAAAUGCGUAUUCUUCCAACGUUUCCACCAUCUGAUGUCGUUGUUCACGAAGUUGUCUCACAGUCUGCAGUAAAUCCACAACACCUGCCGCACGCAUGCGCUCUACGACAAUGCUGAGAGCACAAAAUACGCCAGUGCGACCCGAACCAGAACUGCA